UUUGCGACUCAUUUCGGAAAAUCCGAAUCUGAGUGUAAAUAAUUUAAAUUUAAUUUUUGUGUUUGCAGUGUGUGAACGGAAAGUGAUGGACUUAAAAUGAAAGCCCUUCAAAACUUAUUCCCCAAUAAAGAGGGAUUUAUUAUAUUUGCUUUGUACAUAAUAUUAUUUGUAUUUCAAGGUGUGUUCGUGACUGCAUCUAAGAACGCAAAUGGAGGAUAUUCGUAUAAUACAACCCUGGUGGUGUUUCUGACUGAGCUGCUCAAACUUGUGGCUUCCGCCACACUCUACUCAUAUAGACGAAAUGACAAACCACACAUUUUCCAAGCGGUGGCCUUGAACUACAAGCUACUGCUGUUGUAUUUCAUCCCGUCGCUGCUUUACUGCUUCUACAACAACUUGGCCUUCGUGAACCUCUCGCACUACGACCCGACCUCAUACUAUAUACUGCUGCAGUUCCGGGUAGUGCUCACUGCUAUACUUUUUCAGUGUCUGUUCCAAAAGAAGCUAACGUUAAUGCAAUGGGUGUCCCUGGGCAUCCUGACCCUCGGAUGCAUCCUCAAGAACUUCGACGCUGCCUCAGUCCAGUCCAAAACCGGAGAAACCGACCUCUGGUCGCAAGUAUUCAACAUCUACUUUCUAUCCAUCAACUUCCAGAAUUUCUGCUCAUGCUUAGCUGGGACUUACAACGAAUAUCUCCUAAAAACGCAGGGCGCGAGCGUAGACAUAUUUCUACAAAACGUGUUUAUGUAUCUAGACUCAGUUAUCUGUAAUUUCUUCAUACUUAUGCUUAAAGGCGAACUAGAUACGAUCUUUGACGAUUUAAGCUCGCUAGCUAAUAUUAUUGUGAUACUUAUUAUUGUAAAUAGUGCCGUUGUAGGUAUAGUGACUAGCUUUUUCUUAAAGAAUCUUAAUUCUAUAUUAAAAACUUACGCCAGUGCGCUAGAAUUGGUUAUAACAGCGGUAGUUUGUUAUUUAUUGUUCAAUAUUUUGAUCACUUGGGGCACAGUGACGUCUAUAUGUCUAGUCAGUGUAGCGGUUGGGAUGUAUAUGAAAAAUCCAGUGAAUAAUGCGAUCCUGAAUGAACCUAUGAAGGUUAAAGAUCAGAAGCCCUUGCUAGAAGAAGUCAGAACUGAAUAGUACCUUACUAGGUAUACUGUAUUUUAUAAUUCUAAAAGUGGUACGAAUUUUAAACAGUGAUAUUUAAAGCCUGACAUUUCUAGAUCUUAGUUAAGUCACACCUUUGUCAGGAUUAUGAGGGGAUUUGGCGAGUGUCAGGGUUUUUUAAAAACCCCAAAUACCCUCUAGAAGUUAGUUGGGCAGAAGAAAGGGAAGGUCGUGCUGAAGCUCUAAAUAUAUUACGCGAGUGCGCCCUUCUCACAAGUUAGUCUUAGGUUUAUUUGUAAAUAAGGCCAAGUCUCAAAUUAUGUAAAACUCAACUUAUAUAUAUUGCAAGAACUCUCCUCUCGAUACUUUUUAACCCAACGCUUUAUUAUAGGUA